CGAGUGAUGCUCAUUCUCGCCACAUAUUGGAUGUUGGUGGUCCAUGUUUUUGAGCGCGUACGUGUCAGAACAGCCAUGGACACGUGCCAAUGGGAGAAAUGGGAAAACUGGACGGGAGAUCAGGCCCUGGUGGCUCCACACAGAGUGGCCUUUCUUGCUGAUCCCCAGCUUGUGGAUGACCACACAUACCCCAAGAUGCCCCGCGUGCUCAAUUAUUUGGUCCGAAAAAUGAGCGACAACUACCACUACCUCAAUUACAAGUAUUUGCAGGAGAUUCUCGAUCCACACACCACCGUCUUCAUCGGAGACCUUUUCGAUGGCGGGCGCGACUGGCAGGAUGGGCCCUGGCUCGAGGAGUUCCACCGCUUUUGCCGCAUUUUCCCGGAGAAACGUGGCAGGAAGUCGUACCGAGGCUUGCCCGGAAACCACGACAUUGGGUUCCAGAACGUGAGCCCAGAUGUAGCUCAAAGAUUUGCCUCGUAUUUCGGCGAGCCCAACGACGUUUACAUCCUUGGCAACCACACGUUUAUUCAGUUGGACACCAUCUCCCUUUCGCAUGAAGAUCCACGCGUGCACACUGCCCCCAGGCAAUUUUUGGAGCAUGCCAAAACGCUGCUUGAUCCUUCAUUUCCACGUGUAGUACUCACGCAUGUUCCGCUUUAUCGAGACCCGCACGUGGAAACGUGUGCCCCCGGAAGGGAGUCGAAAAAUCCGUUUCCACUAAUGAGAGGUGUCGAAUACCAGACGGCGAUCGAAUACCCAUUUUCCGAGGACAUUUUGAGAAAUCUCAAGCCGGUCUUGGUGUUCAGCGGAGAUGACCACGACUAUUGCGAUAUGACGCACCUUGAUUAUGCAGAUAACACCAAGCGCUUGGCUCGCGAGAUUUCGUGUAAGACGAAUUCGAUGACCAACGGAAUCAAGAGGCCUGCUGUGCAGCUUCUUUCGUUGAACAACCCACAGGAUGGUAUUGGGAAUACUGAAAAAACUUAUGAGACGACCAUGUGCUACUUGCCCAGCCCAUACUUGGGCGUGAAAGUGUAC